UUUUCUAUUUCUAGUAUAUUAUUUAAUACUGUUUUUAAUUAUUUUAUUGCUUCUAAUACGUUAUUCUUAAAAUAUACUGGAUUUAUUUUACAUGUAAUUAAGUGUGAUAACAUACUUGUGAACCUACCAUUCAAUCCCCAAAGUAGAAUAUUACUGAUAACAUUAUCUGUAUGUUUUUUUUUUCCAGUAAAGAGAUGUGAAUUAAAGAGAUUAGUCAUUUACUAUAAUUUAAAUGUUACUGGAUUUUGCAUACUGUCAAAUGGCACUCAUUUCCCUGAAAUGCCAUCUUAGAUGUCUUUCCAUGGUAUCUCUAGGGCAUAAUUCCCAUAUUUGGAAUAACUGCUUGAUGGCUUUUCUCUUUAUGAUGGAAAAGUGUUUGUAGUUGUCAAGAUUUAUAUACAGCAAAGUAAGAAUUAAAUUUAGGACACAGUUUCUCAACCUUGGAACCAUGGACAUUUUGUACCAGAUAAUUCUAUUGUGAGUGGGUGUCCUGGGAAUUAUGAGAUUUUGCAGUGUCCUAGACCUCUACCCAUUUAUACCAGUAGUGUUCCCCUCUUCAAAUAUCUUUAGACAUUGCCAGAUGUUCUCUGGGGAUGUGGAGUACAGGGAGGGGAGGUUGUCCCUGCUGAGAACCAUUGGUUUAAGGUUAAUCUGGCUCUGCUUUCAUAGACUACUCUGUUACCCAGGCUGGAGUGCAGUGAUGAGUGAUCAUAGCUCACUGCAGCCUUAAACUCCCAGGGGCUUAAGUGAUCCUCCCACCUUGGCCUCACAAAAUGCCAAGAUUACAGGUGUGAACCACAACGCCCAGCCCAGUGAAUUUGUUUUUUAGAAUGUUCUCAAGAAUAUAAUUAUGUUGUUAAAUAAGAGUCUAAAAUAAUUCCAUACUACGUUUCUUGACAGAAAAACUAUUAAAAUGUAUAAAAUUUCUUUCCUUUAUGAACCAAAAUAUGUUUUGUUUUGCUAAUUAAUGUGAGGUAUUUUGGAAAAAUGGUAAAGAAGUGCAGUCAAGACAUAGUGACUAAUAACGGAUUCUUUUCUUAAAUUGUAUGCUUAUGCUAAUUCUCACAAAGGUCUUUUUGUUUGGGUCUGUGACAGAUCUUACAAAAGAUCUUUUAGACCCAUGAUUCAUACCAAAAUUAAAGAAUUAAGUCGGAAUCAAUCUCCCACAUUGUCUCAUCUAAGAAAGGACUUGCAGACCAGCAGCCCUCCAGAUGAUGCAGUGGACACUAAUGGCCUCCUGGACCUUUGAGGAAGAUUUGAGCUGUCUGGGAAAAGCAGACAGUAUUCACUUGAUGUAUUGGAACCCACACCCAGCAUUGGGGAUGUUAAGGACAUUAAAAAAGCAGCCAAGUCUGUGCUAGACCCAGCAAAUAAAUCUCAUUUCCACCCUGUGACCCCAAGUUUAGUAUUCUUGUGUUUUAUAUUUGAUGGGUUACACAAGGCAUUACUAAGUGUUGGUGUGAGCAAGAGGUCUAAUGUGGUUGGGAACGAGAACAAGGAAAUGGGUACUCCUUAUGCUAGCAGUUUGAAAAAUAUGCCUAAUUUUAUUGCCCUUGAGAAGUCAUCAGCUCUCUGCCACUGCUGUGGCCUUUUGAUAGGCAUUGUCGCCGGAUCAAGUGUUAAGAUUGGAACCAGCAGUCUCCAAGUUCAGAGACGAUUCAAGGCAAUGAUGGCAUCUAUUGGAAAACUUUCACAUGGUGAGAGUACUGAUCUGCUGAUCAGCUACAAUGCAGGAUCAGCCAUAGGUUGGAUCAGCUCAAGACCAUGGGUUGGAGAAUUAAUGUUGACAUUUCUGUUUGGAGAAUUUGAAUUCCCUGAAUGCAAGCUACUUGGUCAAGUCAAGCUAGUUGCUAAGAAAGCACAGAUGAAAACCUGUUAUGCUGUGAGAAUGUUUCUAGAUCAGUGCAUGGAUGGCUCCACUGCUCUACCUGCCAUUGUGUCUGAGAUCCCAGUCUUUGAGGAGAAAAAAAACAACGGUUAAAAAGGCACUGGGGAAGUAUUUUGAGUUUGGGAGUUUACUUUGCCUCACUGUGAAUGUU